AUGAAUGGUGUUGUUGAGAGACGAAAUAAGACUCUUAAGAAUAUGGUAAGGAGCAUGAUCGCUCAUUCUACGUUACCUGAGUCCCUCUGGGGAGAAGCACAAAAGACAACAGCUUACAUUCUGAAUACAGAUGUUGAAUUUAGGGGAAGAAAUAAGGCUAGAGACAUUGCUUUUGAUGAGGAAUUGAAUUCAAACUCAGUUGCUACUAUCAUUCCAGACAAUGUUCAGGCUUCCACACCUUUUAUUGAUCAAGAAAUGAAUCUAGAACCUCAACAGGAUAAUGUUGAUGAGGCUAUUGUUCAUGAAGAACAAAUUCAACGCCCUCAAGAACAAGAGCCAUUAAUGAGAGCCAUGAGAGAGAAAAGAAAUGCUAUUUCAGAUGAUUAUUUUGUAUUUCUUUAA